AUGUCAAGUAGCACUCACAACUCGCGACAUAGUACAACCAUCAUUAAUAUUCAUUCACCUGAAGAUGAACAACUACCAAUAGAAGAGAAUGAUACCAGUCGUCGAGCUUCUAGCGCUUCUCGGCAGCCACCAAAACCUUCACCCAAAGUCGAUGAGUACAGAAAAAUGAUUCGGCAUAUAGUAAGCAAGAUAGUGAAACGAAAAAGACCCCCAACGGCACUUUUUCGUUUAAGCGAGCUUUGUAGAACUACAGAAGUCUCUGACCUUUUCGAGAAUGAUGACACGAUUGAUCUUUUAAUACAACUGAGAUCAGCUCUUAUGGUCUGUCAUCAAGUUGGUCUCAGUACACAAGUAUUGCUACAAGGUCCUUCCAAAUCGCCCGAGAAUUUAUAUUCAGGCAUCUCGCAUUCAAAGAACGAUAAACGAUCCGAAUUUGACACUAUACUCUAUGUCUUGAGCGAUUUGAUUUUGAACGAUAGUCGAUACAAGACAGCAAAUCCAAAACCUUCUCGACCUCCAUAUACUAUGCAAGCCAUUUUGAUUGAUCUUGCUAUAUUGCUUGUCCAGAUUCGUGAUGAUUCUUCUGGUCUGUAUCAUAUAGGAACAGUGUUUAUGCCUGCUUUUGAGUCUUUUUCGGAGGGAACUAUGCUUAGAAGAUUGUUAUCUUUUUACUUGGAUAAUUUGUUACCCAAACUGAUCAAAUGUAAAGAUGAACCAAAAUCCAAAUCAAAUGAAUCAAGAAAGUCUUUAAAGGCUGAAUCUAGCAGUAACAAAAAAUCCAACAAUCCAAACACACCUACUAUCAAUAUCCAUAGUCCAGAGCCAGACAGAUCUGAUACACCAGUAAAAACAUCACAUCUUACAAUUGAUACUCGUCCAUUAACUGUUGAGGCAGCUAGCCAUUCUUCGCCUGUCUCACCUGCUGCAUAUAGUACGAAUAACAACACGCUUGAUGCAUAUCAUGCUUAUGCAUUAUUCACACCUCUUUUGUUCUUUAUGAUUCAAUAUCUUGACCCUUAUUUAGCAGCACAACCAACAAAAGCACAACAAGAAAACUUCACUUAUACCCUUACUCGUCAAGCUAGUUUGAUUCACAACUUUCACAAGGCUUUAACUUACAUGAUGAGUUGUAAACCAGACCUUUAUCUUGACCUAUUAGACAUCAUAUCACGCAGUACACCUGAAGUCAAGUUUAGGGCAUGUCAGAUUCUGUUCAAUUACUACUUUGUCAGUGUAGGGCAUAUUGUUGUUGCUGAUCCUUUACCUGUUUUGGGUACUAAAGAAGAGCUUGAAGUUUUGGAUCAGCAUCGCUUACAACAAGAGCUUGAAGAAGAGCAUCAAAAAAAUCAUCAGCAUGGUAAUCGCACACAACAACAUCGACCCAUACGAAAAACAACGCACAUUGUCUCCGAGAAUUCAGUAGAAGACCAUCAUAUUUGGUAUCCUCAUAUGUUUGCUGAGCACGAUAAAGUUUCUAAAAUACUUGCCAACAAUCCGUUUUCCUUUGGAAUUCACCGAGACACCACAGAAUCCUAUUGUAAAGAAUGCUUCAAAUCUAUUCAAGGUUGCGGCCUGCGAUGCUUUCAAUGUAAAAGCAAUGUGCAUUACAAUUGCUUUAAUUCGAAAUCGCAUUUCGAUGGUCAAAACAUGCUGUUCUAUUUAAAAGCAGGAGGCAUUCAGAAGGUUCUUACUCCACAAUAUUGUGUUGUCCCACCCCAGCCUCGAUUUCGUGACAUGGUAGAUUGUGGCAUUUUAGGAUGGAAUGCGAAGUCGAGCUCUGCUCAAGUAGGGCUACUUGGACAUAUGUUUCGGUUAGUAAAUAUCUAUACCAUUGUUGUCUGUGCUUGUUGUGGAUUGCCCCUGUGGGGUGUAUCAUUACAAGGCUAUCAAUGCAGUCAAUGCAACCGGUUUGUACACCCUCAAUGUCUUGUCGAUGCGGAAGAGAAAAACAGUUUUUUGAAGAUAAAGUCUUCCAAAGCGUCUACACCACACUCAUUCCAAACAUGCGUACCCCAAUCACCUUUGCUCGAAACAGACAUAAAGAUCUCUCAAGCUGAUCUAAACAAGAGUCUGUCUGACUUCUAUGGUGAUGCACUGCCAUUAAAUAAAGAGUCCUUGGAAGGAAGAAGCUUUGAAGAAGCAAGCUUGAUGCUUGAUGUUUUUUUGAUGCAGGAAGCUAUUUUGCAUUGCGGUGUAGCCUCAGGUUGUAUCAUCAUCACAAACGAGUCAGAUCAUCCUUUGCUCUUUACACCCUCGCCUUCUGUUGAAGCGUCCAAUUUACCUGAGAAUUUCUCAAAUCAUUCAUCAAGCUUAUCUCAAGCCAUCAAUGUCUACACGAGCUACCUUGAUUCCGAGGACUAUCAAAGUUCAGCAUUUUUCAAAGACUUUUUUGGUCAUUCUGAUGCCUCAACUAUCAAGCAUUUGCUGAGCAAGGAAGAAUUUUUGUGCCAUUUAGCUGCCAUGAUGAAGUCUCUUACUACAUCAUUUGGAAGUACCAUGACAGGUACGCCAACAGCUGAUAAAAGACGCUCAGCCGGCGAUUCUCGUGGUUUCUUGCAAGUGUCUCCUAAUCCCUUCACAAGCGCUGGAUGGGAAGAAGACGAAGAAAGCGAAUUUGAUGAAGGCCACACACCUAAUGAAAAUCUAGACAGAUCUAUGUUACUGUCUUGGGUCAUGACGAACCUUAACUUCAGAAAUCGCAAAGCAGCUGAAAUUCUAUUACAGCAUAUGCACAAUCUAGGCUUGUUUGAGCGCUUCGAUGCUUCACCAUUCCUGUUCUUGAGCAGCACGAUUGAACAAGAACCAGCAGUACAAUGUGUAUUCCCUGUACCUUUUGCUAUUGAUUUUUCUGCCAAUGUGGAAAUAUUGAUCAAUUCGAUUGAAGCGUGUAUGCGUGAUAUUGAUCUGUCCAUCAAUGAAUGUGGUUUAUUGUUACUUGUGCGGCGAUGCUGGCCUGAUCCUUUCAUGUCAGGCUAUUCUCGAGAGCGUUUGAUCCAUGCAAUUAUUGCUUGGACGUUUGAUGAAGAUGAAAGGUUAUUGGCCCUCCAUGCAGAGAUUACAUCUGUUAAUAGGCAUUCAAGUUUACAUCAUGCUAAACAACAGAAAAAAUGGGCACAAGCAGCUUUACUUGCGCGUAUGAAGGGCCAGAAUAUUUCAGAACGCAACCGACAGAGUACUUUUCAAUUGAAUACUGCAGCUGGCGUUAGCAGUGGAGCCAGUAAUAUGUAUGUGACCACACGUACUGGUUUAAAGGAUCGAUAUGUUCUGCGUUGGAUGUCUGCUGUUCACAAAAUGGAUCCUGAAGCAUACACAGAUAUUUUAUUUAAUGCUGUAGAAGAGAUCAUCGAUAGUAAGAAAGAAAAAUGUGCUAUACCUAACUGGGAAGAAUCCAGUGAUGUAAAGGUUUGUGAUGCUAUAACUCUGUGCGAUAAAGAGCCAGUAGAAUUGCGUAAUUUGGUCAAGUUGUGUUCUUCAAAGACUUUAAAUGCCAAGCAACCAGGCACUUUGUCCACUAAUUCAGUACAUCCUAUUGACUUGAUUGUGUCUCAAUUCCAAGGAAAACAAGGUAGUGAUCGUGGCAUACGUUGGUUAACACUUGCAGCACAUUCAGGUUACUAUACCUGUAGCUUUUUGUCCCAUCUGUCCAAAGUACUAGUAUCAGUUCAACUACCACUCGAUAUUAUGGUAUCAUUUGUUGAGAUUGUUUGGUAUCAAGUUGUCCAUAUUCCUUUGUUUGCUACACAGCGUGCUGCUAUUGCUGAGAUUGUAGGCUACCUAAAUCAAAGCAAUGCAGACAUACUUGCCUCCAUGAACGAUAACUCAUCUUUGCCGGAUGAAAGCUUAAUCCAUGUCCAAGACUUUGUCAAAUAUUCAGCUGCAUUGGCUUGUUUUGCUUAUGGCUGUUCUCCAAAUGAAGUUAUAGAAGCAGGCAUUGUUCCCUAUGUAGGUGAUCAUGCUUCUAAAGCCUCGUAA